AUAAAGCUAUCUGUUUUAUAACCAUAUAACUGUUCAAGGUGACCCUUGGAUGAAUUUCCAACUGUUUCAGCGAUUUUUGCAUCUCAUUCUUUGCCUGGCAGGUCUUACUCUGAUAGGAUUCUUUCAAUACUUUGUUACUGAGGACAUCAAGUACAAGCCUCCUUCCAAAAUCUGUCAACCCAUCACAGAUGUCAUGUUCCUCAAGACCCACAAAACAGCCAGCAGUACAAUACUCAACAUCCUCUACCGAUUCUCAGAGAAACAUAAUCUCACCUUGGCUUUACCCUAUGGAAAUCACCCCCAUCUUGGCUAUCCUAAUCGCUUCCAAAUAUCUUAUGUUGAGGAAUUCAAAACAUUGGCAAAUAAGUUCAACAUCAUGGGCAAUCAUUUAAGGUUUAAUUGGCAAGAGGUCAGAAGAAUAAUGCCAAAUGAUACCUUUUAUUUUUCUAUCCUGAGACAUCCAGCAUUAUUACUUGAAUCAUCUUAUGUCUACUACAAAACCAUUGUUCCAGCAUUUAAAAAAUCCAAGAAUGUUAAUGAAUUUUUAUCAUCUCCUUGGUCAUACUACAAUAUGACAGAAAAAAAUAAUAUCUAUGCUAAGAACAACAUGUGGUUUGAUUUUGGGUAUAACAACAAUGCAGAAUAUGAUGAACAUUAUAUCCAGUUUGUCCUGCAGAAUAUAGAAGAGAUUUUCCACUUGAUACUGAUUGCUGAUUUUUUUGAUGAGUCAAUGAUCCUUCUGAAGGAUGUUUUGUGUUGGGAUCUGGAUGAUGUGAUUUAUUUCAAGAUGAAUGCCAGGAGCCAAUGUAACAUUCAGACUCUGAAUCCAGAGAAUAAGAAGAAAGUAAAGGAGUGGUGUGCUUUAGAUUGGGAACUUUAUAAACAUUUCAACAAAUCAUUUUGGAUGAAGAUUCAGGAAAGAAUGGACCUCAAAACACUAUACAAAGAAAUUGAUCUUUUGCAGAAGAGACAAAAUGAACUGAUGGAGACCUGCCUCUUGGAAGAAACUGCAAUUGAGGAUUAUGAAGUUAAAGAUAAGAAUAUGAAGCCUUUUCAAGCAGGAAAUGCUCAUAUCAUGGGUUACAAUCUCAAACAUGAUUUAGACAAUAAGACCCUGAACAUCUGUGAAAAGAUGAUCAUGCCAGAGCUCCAAUAUACGGCCCAUCUAUACAAUUCACAAUUCCCAUUUAAGAAGAAAAAACUUGUUAGAUGAGUUCCCUUAACAAUACAUUUUUUCUAUACUGAGGACAUGGCAUUCUAGAUUUCAGUUUUUCUUCACCCCAAAUUAUAUGGAUUAAUUUCAAUGCCUUUUCAGAGUCAAAAAUGAGGUGGAAAUUAAAGUCAUUUUUUGUCAACACCAAUCCUGAAACUCUAAUCUUACAGAAGUCUUAAGGAACAACAAUUAUAAAGUUAGAAAAAAAUCUUAUAGAAUCAUUCUCAUCAACAUCUAAAUACAGCCACCAUUGCAGUACUGUGGAGAUAUAGAUUAAAGACAUUUUUAAUCUCUGGCCGUACUUGGACACACACCUCUUCCAAACAAACAGUGGACUGGAUCAUAUCCACAGUCCUCAAAUUUUCAUAGUAGCAGAAUUAAAGCUGCAUCUAAGACCAUGAAUUAUAGAGGAGUAACAUAACAUUUUAGUAAU